AGAAUGAUUUUAUGAGGGCGACGCGACCUACGGAGUCGCAAUUGGUUUUUUACCUUCGAGAUGGAAUACUCGCAUUAUGUUGCGUGCGCUCUGCUGCUUCUGUGUCCACUGGCCCUUAGCAGGCACGACGACGACUUUGCCUUCGAUAACAACGAAGAAUUUCAGGUGGAAUUGACAGCAAAUCAUUCAGAGAUAGCAAAAAACGGCCUAAGAAGGUUAUGGGGUGUACCUGAUACAUCGGCCUACGUGGGACACCUAUUCAGAAUGGAAAUCCCUAAACAGGCCUUUUCGGGGGACGUGUUAGCAUAUAAGGUUAAAAGUGAAGAUGGCGUCCGCAUGCCGAGCUGGCUAGCCGUGGACACUAAACACGGCUUGAUCAGCGGAAUGCCUCAGAAGCAAGACCUGGGCGCGCACACCUUCACUGUGAUAGCGCACGGUCGCACGCACGGACUUACCGCCACUGAUUCCUUCACUAUUGAAGUGAAGAAAGCGGAUGAGAAACCACAAUCGAAGUACGGCACAUGUGUCCGUAACGAAAAUAGACUGGUGUUAGUGAUACUAAUAGAUGGCAACUUUCACAAAAUAUCGCCCCGGCAGAGAAUACGAGCGCUCAUGGAGUUAGCCAGCUUUAUGGCGCUUGACGGAGAUGAGUUUUGGAUGGAGCCCUACAAGGCGGAAUCAGCACUAUCCCACACAGUCCUUAUGAGCGGAGCCGGAACAACGAAGAGAAGAAAAAGCGAAGCCACCACUGCUAUCUACUUGAACGUAGGUUGCGGGGAAAAAUUAUGGUCUCGGCACAAAGUACUCGUGGCUGGUUUAAGAGAACAAUCUCGGGAUGGUACUCUAUAUCAAAUUCUAAGGCUGCCUGUGCUUGGGUGGAGAUUGAUCGGAGUCAAACCAUUACCACGGUAUAAGAGACAGACGCCUCUCGACGAAGGUUCUGGAGCUUACGACGAUACAUAUGAUGAUGACGACGCGCCAGACUACAGUGGGUACGAUGAAGGAAACGACAACGAAGAUUACGAGGGCCCCGACAACGUGGACCCCCCCAACCCCCCGCACCCACACCGCCACCACCACGGCCAGCCCGACUUCGCGCCACACACCACCACCGACACGUUUCAGACCGAGCUCACCGACCCGCCGACGACGACCCCCCUACCUCCUCCUCCCCCUUCAACCCCGCCAUUCUCUCCCCCCGUGCCCACCGAACCGACCCCCUCGCAAGCUACGACGCUUCCCACAGAGGAUAAUACGCGCACGGAGAAUCCCGACUCCGCCUCUACUAAUACGUAUACUACGGAGGAACCUAAGGUUGAAAUAAGUGCGUACCCAGAAUCCGUUUCUGAGACGACUAACGUCAAAUAUUCUAAGGAACCAGGAGAUUCUCGACACCUAGUAGAAGAACAUGCUCCAAUCGUCAUUGUACCAGAAGAAAUCACCACAUCUACUGAACCUGAAAUGCAAACCGUUAUAAUACGCGCAUCGAACGAACUUCCAUCUGUGUCGUCUGAACCACCGACAUCACCAUCAUCAUCGACCGAGGAAACCGUAUCAGAACCGAUGACAACACCAUCGACUACUUCAAGCACUACCACAUCGACGUCGACUACGACUGAAACGACUUCAACUUCAACAACGACAACGACGACACCGGUUCCCACAACGGCGGUUCCGACAACAAUUGUGACGGCUCCAACAACAAUAUUAACUACAACUCCCACGCCCGAAAUUACUACACAGGAAGUAACCAAGCAGGAAAUUUUGACGUCGACGGAACGAUCGAGCACGAUCAUCGGUAAGACAACAGAAACCGUUCCCUUCUUGAUGCCAGUCAAUCAGCCUCCCAUCCUCAAACACCACAUGAAGAAACUAGCCAUCACCGCUGGCAAGGCCUUUAGAUACAUCAUACCAUCAGAUCUCUUCACCGAUCCAGAAGAAGGAAGCAAUCUCACUUUCACAAUGUAUGAAGCUGAAAAUGUCCCACUCAGUCUAGAAUCUUGGAUACAGUUUAUUCCCACUGAACUUGAAGUCUAUGGAUUACCUCUCGAAGCGCACGUGUCUCGCUGGAACUUCAUAGUAGAAGCCCGGGACAGCGAAGGUCUCGUCGCUCGAGGACCGCUAGAUAUCACAGUGCAACAGCACAAGAGCGGACGCACCAUCAACCAUCAGUUCAUCAUGGAAAUAAAGCUCCUAAAAGAAUUCAAGAAUGCCAUCGACUGGCAAAUACGAGCUUUAGAAGGAAUCGUCAACCUCUUUAGAGAUACGGAUAUGGAUCACUUGACGGUGUUAAAUGCGACGCAAAAGGGUGAUCUUUACGAGUUUGUUUGGACCAACGAUACCCUGCCUAAAGAUCCUGCGUGUCCUAUGGAUGAUAUCAACAGGCUUAUGAAGAUAAUGGAAUCUGAGUCGGAGCCCGGAGCUCCAUCAGCUGGACUAGCGCGUGCCAUGUCGCCGGAGCUGAAAGUGGGGGCAGUGUGGUGGCGCGGCGCCGGCCGCUGCGCGCCGCCCACCGCCACGCGCGCGCCCAACACCUACCCGCCCGUCACGCGCAACCAGGUCGACCACCUCACCGCCACCGUCGGACACCUGCUCGUCUACAAGGUGCCCGAGGAUACAUUCUUCGACCCAGAAGAUGGCGGUACCCGCAACUUGCAAUUGUCUCUUAGGUUUAGUGACCGCUCUGAAAUUCCACCAAACCAUUGGUUACAAUUUGAUGCACGAAACCAAGAGUUCUACGGUUUACCCACGUCUAACGAUGAAAAGAGUGUACAUUAUCAGCUGAUCGCUGAGGACUCUAGCAAGAAGAGUGCCUACGACAGCCUGAUAGUGGAAGUCGCGAAGGCGCCAACAAUCCGGCCGACGGUCGAGUUUCAGAUGACAAUGGACCCCUCGCCCCAUCUAGCGGACAGUGCCAGUAACAAGCGAAAGGUUGUCGAAAAACUGGCCGCUCUCUUCGGGCAGAAGGAGACCGAUAAUAUCCGGAUACAGAGUAUCACUGACAACCCCACCACGAUUAUUUGGUACAAUACAAGUUUGCCAAUGGACAGAUGUCCGAAACGAGAAAUCGAGGAAUUACGUAAAAUGAUCAUCGUUGACGAACGCGGAGCCAUCGGCGGCAACCUCAAAGAACACGUUGACCAAAUAUUCGAUAAAGACCUUAAAGUUAUGUCCAUUCGUCUCAUUCCGCUAGGACUUUGUGCCGAUCAACAUACCAAAACGACGAAGACAUUGGCUCCGAUCCAACCGGGUACUAAUAUGCAAAAUAAGGCAACGAACGCCAGUCCUGAAUAUUCUGAUUACUUGGUGACGUUCGUGAUACCGGCCGUUGUCAUAGUGUGUAUGAUUGUCGUCGCAGGCAUUAUUGCGUGUGUUCUCUAUAGGAGACGGCGAACUGGUAAAAUGAGCGUUGGUGAUGAAGAGGAGCGACAAGCGUUCCGCUCGAAAGGAAUUCCAGUGAUUUUCCAAGACGAACUCGAGGAAAGAGCGGACGCAGAACCCGCAGAUAAGAGUCCCGUUAUCAUGAGAGAGGAAAAGCCCCCCCUACUACCCCCUGCUCCGGAAUAUCGGUCAGGAGAAGACGCUCCCUACCGCCCCCCGCCCCCCUUCGCCGCCUCCCGCACCCCUCCGCGCCCUAAAGCCACCCCAACUUACAGAAAACCUCCCCCGUACGUCCCACCCUAAAAUUAUCUACGUCCAGUAGUAUAGAAACCCGUUUACAAUGCGUAGCUAUAGACGAAGCUAGUAAGUUCAGAGGUCUGAUCAUGUCUGAAAUUUUACAUAUUCGUAAAAAUACACAUUUAAUAGUCAUCAAGAUUUGACUUUCCGUACAUCGUAAAUCAGCCUAGCUUGUCUAUAUACGUAACGCGUCAAGCGGGUCUAAAUAUUGUUUCUCAAAUUUUUGUUUAUAAGAAAACUAGUCGACCCAUUCGUUUACAGCUAUUCGGUUAUUAUUUUCGUAAAUUUAUUAGAUUUUUUUUUUAUAUAAUAUAGUAUUUUAAAACGAGCAUUUACGAAAAUUAAUGUUAUGAAUGCAUUUAUUACGAAAAUUAUUAUAAAUGUAAGAUAACGUAAACGAACCUCAUAUCGACUAAAAAGGAAUUGUGCACAAUUAAAUGUGACUACGAAUUUCUUGUAUUGUAAGUUACGUCACGAAGUAGUUGUGGGUAGUUGUAUGCGUAUGGUUAUGAUGUUGAAAUGUAAAAUUGUACUUCACGGUAAACGCUACAUUAGAAUGUUAUUGUUGAAGUAGGUGAUGUUACAUUAGUUUUACGGCGCCGUUAUACAAAUAUUUUAAUUCGCAAUCGUGCGCCACUAAAACAAAUAAAAUAUAGUAUGAAGUAAGCUAAUCGAAGGCGAUCAUAAAACAAUAAUAUUUAAAUAUAUAUUUAAGACUAGACCAAAAACAGUUCUAUAUGUGUGUUGGCUAAAUGCGUGCCAUUGUUUGAAAAUGUUUAUGUUAUCAUAUAAUUUAAUGAACAUAUCGAAAAUGUAACAUUAGCCUUUAGCUUAGUUCUUCCAUACACAAAUAUAGGAUAUACGUGCGUGUAUGUGAAAGUAGGACACGAAAUGUUGUAUUUAAAUGAUGCUACAAAACUAAGACUAAUAUAAAGCACACUAUGUUUAUAAUCAAGAUGCAAAGUAUUGCAUUUGCAAUUUACAUGAUGUUUGUAAAGCUCCGUUUAUGUGGGGUAGUGAAAUGAUAAUUGUCGUUAAGCUAAUUUUUUUAUCGAAGAAUACAGUUACUUCUGUAAUCAAUUAAAUCUAAUAUACAAGAGUAAUUAAAACUCAUAACACAAUUAGCCGGCGUGUACAUUAUAAAUAACAUGUGUUAUACAACUGACCUUAGUUGUAGGCUACUGAUAGAUAUUUUUUAAGAGUAAAAUAUCAUUUUGUACUUGUCUAAUUAUUACCAUAGGCGUAAGAUUAAUCAAAUUAUGUAAACGAUAGGGAAUUUAACGAAAUGAGCUCUAAAAAUAUUUUUUCCUUUGGAUGUAUUUUUUUCUACUGUAUACUCAUUUAGAAUUUUUGCAUUUAUAGAUCUUUUUAGUCUUAUACAAUUUUAUAGAUCAGCUAAAAUUUUCUUUUAAUUAUAUUACAUGUUUAUUUCGUAGUAGUUGUACUUAAUAAUGUCCAUAUAAAACCGAACCACUUUAUUAUAAUUUAUUAAACUUA